AUGGCAACUUGUCCAAGAGGCUGCGCACCGGGGGUGCGCCUCUGUCAGAAACUGAACCGUCUCAAAACACUGGAUGAUGACAUGAUGGCCACGUCGCUGAAACGCUGCCUCUCCACCCUGGACCUGACUCUGCUGGGUGUUGGUGGCAUGGUGGGCUCUGGCCUUUAUGUCCUGACUGGGACAGUGGCUAAAGACAUGGUCGGGCCUGCUAUCAUCUUAUCUUUCAUUUUUGCAGGUUUUGCUUCUUUAUUGGCUGCAUUUUGUUAUGCAGAGUUUGGAGCACGCAUUCCCAAAACAGGAUCGGCCUACAUGUUUACCUACGUUUCCGUGGGAGAGGUCUGGGCGUUUCUCAUUGGUUGGAAUGUGAUUCUGGAGAACAUGAUUGGGGGUGCUGCUGUGGCACGUGCCUGGAGUGGCUAUCUGGACUCCAUUUUUAAUCAUGCCAUCCAGAACUUCACAGAGACACACGUUAUGCAGUGGAACGUGCCCAUCCUUGCCCAUUACCCUGACCUACUCGCAGCAGGGAUCCUGGUCGUUGCCUCAUUCUUCAUUUCCUUUGGAGUUCAGGUGUCCUCUUACCUCAAUCACAUCUUCUCCGUCAUUAGUAUGGCUGUCAUCAUUUUCAUACUGGUGUUUGGCUUUAUCCUGGCUGAACCGGUCAACUGGAGCCAGAAAGAAGGAGGCUUUGCACCUUUCGGGUUGUCUGGAAUACUCGCAGGCUCGGCCACGUGCUUCUAUGCGUUUGUGGGCUUUGAUGUAAUCGCUUCAUCAAGUGAAGAGGCAAAGAAUCCACAGAAAGCUGUUCCCAUCGCCACUGCGAUCUCCCUGGCACUGGCAGCGACGGCUUAUAUCCUGGUCUCCACAGUGCUCACACUAAUGGUACCCUGGCAUACGCUGGACCCCAACUCAGCUCUGUCCGAUGCUUUCUUCCGCCGUGGUUACAGUUGGGCCGGAGUUAUUGUGGCAAUAGGUUCUAUCUGUGCCAUGAACACCGUGCUGCUCUGUAAUCUCUUCUCCCUCCCUCGGAUCGUAUAUGCCAUGGCAGAGGAUGGAUUGUUCUUUUCCUUUUUUGCACGUGUCAAUCCCAUCACCAAAGUCCCUGUCAAUGCUAUAUUGGUCUUUGGAGUCCUCAUGGCCAUCAUGGCUCUCAUCUUUGACCUGGAGGCCCUGGUUCAGUUCCUCUCCAUCGGCACUCUCCUGGCGUACACCUUUGUGGCAGCGAGCGUCAUUGUGCUACGUUUCCAGCCUGACAAAAGCAGCUCCAAGGGGACUGAAUCCACGUCUCCCAACCCCAAUGCCGAGCCUUCCCCUGCCCCUUCAGAGUCCCAGACCAUAACGGAGGACAGCGGGGAGAUGAAGCAGUACGAGUCCUUCUCUGACAAACUCCAGCUGGUGGAGCAGCAGAAGACGAGAGAGCGACGAGGGGUGGGACAGCUGAAGGCCUUCUGGGAACCAUACCUAGGCCGGCUGCUCGGGGACUGUGAGCCGGGCGAGACGGUGGCCUUCUGUGUGCUGACUCUGAUAGUGAGCUCAGUAUCCCUCUGCUCUGUGCUGGAGUUUGGUACCACGCAGCUGCACCUUCCUGUCUGGAGCUUCACAACGCUGCUGGUGAUUUUUAGCAUUGCUUACGUCCUCAGCAUGGCGCUGAUAUGGAUUCAUGAGCCGCAAACCAACAGAAAAACAUUCCAGGUACCUCUGGUUCCAUUGACCCCAGGUGCCAGUAUCCUCAUCAAUGUGUUCCUCAUGAUGAAGCUCAGCCCUCUAACCUGGAUUCGCUUCACUGUGUGGAUUGCCAUAGGUCUCGUUGUGUAUUUCGGCUAUGGGAUCUGGCACAGUAAGGAGGGCUUGCAGGAGCAGCAGCCCAAAGACAUGGCCGCCCGCUACGUGGUGCUCCCUAGCGGCAGCCUGGUGGAAACCGUGCAGCCCGUCCAGCCUGACGGUCAGGUGGACACCCCGGCGCACCACAUCAACGCCGCCUCCACCUCAGAGGAUUACGCCGAAAAGAGAUGA